ACAUUUCUCGAUGUCGGCGGCGCCUACUGUAAGAGAAGAUGAGGCUUCGAUGCUUGCAGAAAGCGUUGCGGCGGCGGAACUCACGUCAGUCGGCGAGGAUGAUGAGGAAGAAGACGACGAGGACGGCAUUUCUGCGUCUGACGAAGAGUCUUCCUGGAUUGCCUGGUUCUUGAGUCUACGGGGCAACGAAUUCUUUUGUGAAGUUGAUGAGGAAUAUAUUCAGGACGAUUUCAAUCUGACUGGGCUGUCUUCGUUGGUGCCAUAUUAUGAUUACGCCCUUGAUAUGAUUUUAGACGUUGAGAUGGCUAUCGAGGAGUCUCUCACAGAAGAACAGCAAGAACUUGUUGAGUCGGCCGCAGAGAUGCUGUAUGGCCUGAUUCACGCGCGCUAUGUGAUUACUAAUCGGGGCAUGCAAGCUAUGUAUGAAAAAUAUGCUUCGGCCUCGUUUGGCCGAUGUCCCCGCGCUUUCUGUUGCGGGCAACCUGCCCUUCCAGUUGGCCGGUCUGAUCUGCCACGCAACUACACCGUGCACGUUUUUUGUCCAAUGUGUCGCGACAUUUUUACGCCGCGGUCAUCAAGAUCUGCUUCAAUCGAUGGAGCUUACUUUGGUACAACAUUCCCUCAUCUAUUCCUUAUGACAUUUCCAGAACUCAUACCUCAGCAUGGCGUGCAAUCUUUUGUCCCCCGUGUUUUUGGUUUCCGGAUUCACAAGGCAAGCCCAUAUCACACAACUGCAAGUUCAGAGUACGGUGUGCCCAAGCGCCGCCCGAAGGCAUCUCGAAGGUCCAAACCCAAUUGGACAAGCAGCUCAAAGGCGUCAACAGGGAAUCUCGGAAUAGCACAAAUCUAACUGACAAUCACCUAGCUCCGCCAAGAGCGCACUAUCACUCAUUCGAAGUUUCCGGGGGUCCACUCGGUCGACGGACCGCACUUUGAUUUCGCAGCCACCAGCCGCCAGGGACGAGCUAGGGCCCCCUGAACCCCAGGGUGGCAGCGAGCUGGGAUGAGGAAAGGAUGAGGACCACUGCACCAUGCGCUAACUAAGACCCAGACGGGUCUCGAUCUGAGAUCGACGCCCCCAGGCGCGUCAGUUCCGAACUUCCGGGCCCUGCGGCUCCUGGGGCGUACCCGAACGCGGGGACUUCGACGCCGGGCCUGGGAAACCCAGCGGAGCUGAGUCUGCGGCUUGGCCCCCCUCUUAGUCGCCCUUAAGCGCCCCUCGCCCGGC